GAGUUCAUUGGUCAACGAGUACCACGUGUUCCUGUGACCAUGACCCUGGCCGCUCGGAUUGCGCCUGCUGUAGCGAUGGUGCUUGCCAAUGCAGGGAAUUCCCCAAGAGUUGCGUGCCGUGUGGACAAAUGUGGAAGUGCAGGAAGCAGAAGAAUCACUUCUUGCAAAUCUCAAGGAUUCGUUCUAAAGAUAUCAGCUGUGACGCUCACCAAAAACGAAAGGUCAGUGGUACAGGCUUUUCGUGCUACAAAACUAUUUCUGCCGAAAAUUCGAAGUACAAAGAGAUCAGCCCCAGUGUGAGUGUCAUUACAGGGCUGGACGAGGCUUCCAACUACUACUAUGGAAUAGGGAACACCGGGCGGACUUACGUCAUCAGUUAUGACAACACUGUCACGUGGUACACAAUCCCCGAUGACGAAUAUUACAACGCAAUUUCAUCAAAUACGUUCCUCUCAGCGACUUUCACUUGAUGAGUUCAAAGGGAAAUAUUUUCAGUGUGUUAAUUUAUAUUACGAUUAGGUUUUAAACGGUUACUCUGCUGAUUAGAACUAGAUGAAAUGUCUUGCUCAAUGCAAAUUUGGUUUCAUUUUUUUAAAGCAACCAAGUUAGCUAUUAUCCUUCAAGACCAGUACAGGAAAAAGACUCAUGGCACACCCUGCACCUA